AUGGCAAUGCAAAUGGCACAAUACCAAGCAAGGAUCGAGAUUGAGGAUGCAAAAUUGUUCAACGCUGAAGUUGAACUUAUCAACUCAUUUAUGCAAUCUGAUCACCAUGGCGAAUCUAGCCAUCAUGGUUCUAUCACAAGGCGUUCAUAUAUGCAGCGUGAUAGAGAAAAGUGUCAUGAUCGAAUGAUGAAAGAUUAUUUCAUCGAGCGUCUGAGAUUUCCUACUCAUGAUUUUCAGAGGCGGUUUUGGAUAAGGAGAGAGCUUUUUGAAAGCAUCUUGAGUGUAGUUGUCAAUCAUGACCACUAUUUUGAAAGAAGGGUAGAUGCCGCAGGCCGACAAGGUUUAUCACCUCAUCAAAAGCUCACAUCUGCUUUUCGCAUGCUAGCUAAUAGGUGCUCUACAGACUCAACUAACGAGUAUUACAGACUUGCAGAAAGUACUGCUAUUGAGAACCUGAAGCGCUUCUGUAAGGCAAUUGAAGGCAUAUAUGGAGUCACAUACCUCCGCAACCCAAAUCAUGAAGACUUAAAGAGGCUUCUAUGCAAGGCAGAAAAAAGAGGCUUCCCUGGCAUGAUAGGAAGUCUCGAUUGUAUGCAUUGGGAGUAG